AUGGCGUGGAAAGGGUCUGUAAACCCUGACUUUGGGGUUGGGGUGCGGGGGCUGGGGAGUGGUGCCAUGCUGGUGGAUGAAGUCUCGACAUCAAAAGGAAAACAGGCACAUUUGCUGCUUGGCGCAGCGCGUCCUCCCUCCUCUGCAACUCUCUCUUACUCGCCAGUAUCCCCGUUCCGAGCUGUGCCGGGGCCGUGGCUGCGCCGACCCCUUUUUAGACUAGAGCUGUCAGAUGUGGAGGAUACUUUCCAGCGCCGCGCGGGGCCACUCGAGGUCCCUGCGGACAGCCGCGUGUUUGUGCAGGCAGCCCUGGCCCGUCCCUCCCGGGGCUGGGGCCUGGCCCUGCACAGCUGCUGGGUGACACCGUCCUCGCGUCCGGCCCCGGGGCCCGCCCUGGCGCUGCUACGUGGCGGCUGCCCUGCCGAUUCUUCUGUCACCUUCCCGCCACCGCGACCCUGGGCCGCCUACUUCAGCUUCCGUCUGCGCUUGGUCUUCAAUGCCUCUGUACAGUUCUUACAUUGCCAGCUGAGCCGACAUCGCUGCCUCCGGGGAGCACACCAAACUACUGCGCCUCUGACGCUGUCACCCCCGUCGCCGUGUCUGCCUCAGAAUGGGGCAUGUGCGGGCAGUGGCAGUGACAGCGGCGAGAGUCUGGACGCUGAUGGCCCCCACAUGCACACGCUUACGCAGCCCAUCGUGGUCACGGUCCCACAGCCACCCCUCAGACCACCCAAGGACAUCCCCAGCAGAGCUGUACGCCCAGAACCUCCAGCGCCUGCCCCAGCGGCCCUGGAGCCCGCACCAGUGGUGGCACUGGUAGUGGCCGCCUUCUUGCUGGGCGCUGCGGUGGCUGCCGGGUUCGGCCUCGUGUGCGCACACUCAGGUACCAAUCUUGGCUCGCCUGGACUUUUGCUGGGCCGCCAGCCCAUUCCUACAAUUCGGGACCCGGGUCACUUCGAUCUCAGCCAAUGGGGGCUGAUCAUCCAUAGACCUGCUCCAUUACACCCGCAGCAGCCCCCAGGGGGCGCCCCUGCACCGGGCCAGUACUCAGCAACCCCUACUGCUUCGCAGCCUGCCUCUCCCUUCCAGCGCCCCCACCUCCUGGCCCACCCCGGAGAACCUCACCUAGCGACCCCCAGCCCACAAGACCCCAGUGAGGCAGAACACCUGGAUGGCGUACCCCCAGGUCAAGCACUGCAUCAGGCAGACUUUCCUCAGAUCAGACCUCUGACCCCACAGAACCACAGACCAAGAUCCCUGCGCCCAGCCCUCUUCACUUCUCCCACCAAGGCUCAAAAUAAACAUCUGGUCUGACCUAGA